GUGACCAAUGUUUGGGAUGACAAGAUAUGAUGAGACUAAAUUAACUUUCUGUUUUCUGAAAUCUGUUUCAGCAACUAUACCAGAUCCUGACAGACUUUGAUAUCCGGUUUUAUAUGUAUGAGCUGCUUAAGGCUCUGGAUUACUGCCACAGCAAGGGAAUCAUGCACAGGGAUGUGAAACCUCACAAUGUCAUGAUAGAUCAUCAACAGAAAAAGCUGCGACUGAUAGACUGGGGCCUGGCAGAGUUCUACCACCCUGCUCAGGAGUACAAUGUCCGUGUAGCCUCGAGGUACUUCAAGGGCCCGGAGCUCCUCGUGGACUAUCAGAUGUAUGAUUACAGCUUGGACAUGUGGAGUUUGGGCUGUAUGUUAGCAAGCAUGAUCUUUCGAAAGGAGCCCUUCUUCCAUGGACAGGACAACUACGACCAGCUUGUUCGCAUUGCCAAGGUUCUGGGUACAGAUGAGCUGUAUGGCUAUCUGAAGAAGUAUCACAUAGACCUAGAUCCGCACUUCAACGAUAUCCUGGGACAACAUUCACGGAAACGCUGGGAAAACUUUAUCCAUAGUGAGAACAGACAUCUCGUCAGCCCCGAGGCCCUAGAUCUUCUGGACAAACUUCUGCGAUAUGACCAUCAGCAGAGACUGACUGCCAAAGAGGCCAUGGAGCACCCGUACUUCUACCCUGUGGUGAAGGAGCAGUCCCAACCUUGUGCAGACAACGCUGUGCUUUCCAGUGGCCUCACGGCAGCCCGGUGAAGUCUGGAAGGCGACGGGUAAUGCGGCAUUGAUGCUUGCCAAUAAAAUCAACCAACCAAACACAAAUCUUGAAGGAAACUACAAUGUGAUAAAAAGAAGUUCUAGUCAUUCCUUCUAAAUGCAAAGAAGAGUAAAGACCUAAAUGUCAAAAAGAAAGAAAGAAAUGCCCCAGUACUAGUUACUACAGGGAGCCGCCAUUCUGGCAGUGUGACGAUGCACAUAGUUCAGGAUCUGAGGGAACACUCCCUUUGGAAUGCAUGGGAGAUGAGAGACUCGGAGUUGUUGUGCGUUUGCGUUUAUUUAACAGGAGACCGCUGUUGAAUUAACCUGUUCAGUCAACAAGCUCUGAAUAUCUGACUUCCUAUCUAUUCCACUGUGGUCUGGGUUUCCUUUGGUGAGAUUCAGGCUCAAGUUUUAGCAAAAUGUCAGCAGUCUAUACUGACACACCAGCCUCAUUUACGAAAAGGAGAUAUUAAAACAGUGACAGUAUUUUUUUUUUAAGCUCUUUUACAAAUUCAUGUUUUAUGUAUUUUUUUAUGACAUGAGCUCUCUAGGAAAUGUACCUCAUCCCUGCAGUUUUCUUCUAAGUGUAUUCAUUUGGGAGCAAACUGCAGUCACUCUCACAAGGGUCCCCUUGGCUGUCAGAAGGCAUCACUUUAAACCUUGUGACGCUGUGUCCAGGGCCGUCUGUCUCCUCAAAAGUUCGAUGCAAAGUGCAUAACUUGGAGCUCACUGUAACCUUUGUUGAUUUGCCUAACCAUAAAACCUUGUUGCUGUUUUUUCUGUGUAGCCUUUUUUUUCCUUUUGCAGCCUUGUAAGGAAAGCCUCACCAUUUCCCAGCACAUACAUCCGUGUGUGUGUGUGUGUGUGUGUUGUGUGUGUGUGCCCGCGCGCGCGUGUGCCUGUUUUAACACACCUCUCUGAAAGAGACUUUUUGGUCACAACCAUAGUGAAAGCUGGAAAGUCAGUCUUCAGGCAGGCUGUGGAGGGAGAGAAACAUCCUAUUAGAAUGUAUUUAGGAAAGACCUGUUGGGUCAGAAAAAUGUAUUCUCCCCAACCCCCCUUUUUGCCUCGUUUUAUCCUCAUGAGAAGCAGUUUCCCUCUGUAAUCAGGGUAACCUGCGUUUUUAAGCUCUGAGAGGUACCACAUGAAUGUGAUGGCAAAGCUGAGUCUUUCUCACUUGCAGGGACAGGUUGUGUGCAGGGCCAGCCCACUCCCAGGGAUGAGCAGAGCAUCAUACAAGGGGCUUGGUGAGGAUUUGGAGCACAUAGAGCAAGUAUCAACGCUUGGGACCCAUGGCACUAGCCUUCAUGUUAGCAAAGGAAGCUAGAUUCUGCUUUAAAAAGUAAAAAAUGUAGAGCUGAUGUCAUUUUGGGGACUUGUCACCAGUAUGCUUUGCAGGCAGUCCCCCCUCACCCCAGCUGCAGAGCCAUGCCACAGCUGUGGGAACUUGACAGCUAGGCCAGAGCUGGAGGUGUCUACUUACAUCAUACUUUAGGAUUUCUUUGUUAACUAUUUAAUAAUGCCAUACAUUUUUAUAAGGUUAGAUUGAUUGUUUGAAAACCUCUGUUUACAUUCCAUAUUCCAAUAAAAUCAUAUUGGUAUUGGUAGCAGG